AUGGGUUCAAAAGCAAAAACGAAAUCAGAGGGUAUUCAAAACUCACCUUAUCCUCAUACUAUUUCAAUAUUCUUAUCAUUCACUUGUACUCUGUUCCUGUUCUUAGUGAUAUUGUACAAUGUACCAUUCUCGGCAGAUGAUACUAAUCGGUUAUCAAGUCGUUUAUGGCUGGUUCAAGUGAAAGAUAAAGGUAGAGAAUACGGUUUUGGUAUUUGGGGAUGGUGUUCUUGGUCUACCAUCAGCACGAGUGCUGGAUCUACGGUGAAAGAUGGAACGAAAGGCAUGUGUGUAAAACAAUCUUUCUGGAAAUUGGAUGAUCGAUCUGUGGGAAUCAAAUUGCCCAGCGAAAUCGCAAAGUCGUUAUCUAUAUCUGGAUUCUUCUUGAUUUUCGUUCUGACUGAGUCGUUGGCCCUGUUGAUCAAUCUACUAAUUACGAUCAAAUUCCAUUCUCCGGUCCAACCUCCAAUCAAUUCCAAGAUCGAAUGGUUAUCUUCAGAGAAAUACGCUUAUAGGACAUGGACAGCGUAUACUCUUCGAAAUAUCUGGAGAAGGUUGAUCGUUAUUACAGAGAUCAUCGCUUUUGGUUUACCAGUCCUCAUCGUGGCCGGUGUGGGAGUCCAAAAAUUCGAUGAUGGUGUACAAGCUAAAUUAGGUGCCGGGUGGUCGAUGACCUUGUCAGCGGUUUUAAUCUUGGUGUUGAUCCAAGUCGAUAUUCUAGUGGCUGGGUUAUGGAAUAACUCCAAAAGGUCCGGCAAGAAGCAUUGA